AUGGACAAGUUCGCGCGCAUGCUCCCAGCGCUGCUGCGCCGGACAGACGUCGUGCUGGAGCUGCGCGACUCCCGCUUGCCGCUCACGAGCAUCAACGAGACACUAGAAGGUGCGAUUCAGAAAUGGCGAAGAGAGCGAGGCCGUAUCGCUGCGACCAGCGGCCUCCCUGCACCUGCAUCGUACGGCGCGGCUACGCCCUGCGAGCGCAUAGUCGUCUUCAACAAGCGCGAUCUCGUGCCCGAAUGGGGUCUUGAGCCCUUCCGCCGAGCGAUGCUCUCCAAAUUCCCUGAUCACAGACUUUUCUUCGCGUCGUGGCAUCGGCCGCGGGAUAUCAAGGCCCUCAACGAGAUGCUCGUAAGCGUAGCCAAGGAACACCCGCACGCGCCCGAACUGAAUGUGCUCGUCGUGGGGAUGCCCAAUGUGGGCAAGUCGACGCUGCUCAAUGCGUUGCGGAACAUCGGUAUCCCGGGCCCGACGGCGAAGGCGUUGCGGACGUCGUCGCAGCCCGGCUUGACGAGGGCGAUCUCGACGCGGCUGAAACUGUCGAUUGAUCCGCUGGUGUAUGCGUACGACUCGCCCGGCGUGAUGCUCCCGUUUCUCGGGAGGGGUGACAAGGGUGCCGAGCGCGGUGUGAAGUUAGCUUUGAUAGCGGGAAUCAAAGAAGGCCUGUACGACGUCGAGGCGCUGGCUGCGUAUUUAUUAUACAGGCUCAACGUCCUCAAUCCACGCUCUCCGGCGUAUCUGCAGCUUCUGCCCGAUACCGCCACCGCCACCGCCGACGUGCUGGAAUUCUUAGACCAGCUCGCCGCGCGACUCGGGAUGCUCAAGCGCGGCGGCGAGCGCGACCUGAGCCGCGCGGCGGUGUGGUUCGUCAAGUGGUGGCGCGACGAGGGCGGGCUCGCGUCCGCGUCCGCGCCGCUCUCCCCGGCCUCCCAGACGCGCCAGGGCUGGGGCUUCGACUUUGAGUGGACGGUGGACGCGCGCUCGGGCGAGGACGCGCCGGCGAUGGUGCAGCGCAAGAUGGAGGAGUGCAUUGAGCGGUAUUUGGUGGAGCGCAGGGAGGGCGCGGGCGUGAGCGUGACGCAGGAGAAGAAGAAGGCAAGGGAGGAGAAGAUCGCGAAGCGGAUGGCGAAGACGCGGGCGAGGCUUGUUGGGAGACGGUAGGAUAGGCCCUAGCCGUGUGGCUCGGUGGCGUGGUUCUUUGACUCGGGACUAUUGCCGGAGGCGCGAGCGUGGGAGCUGCGCUCUUCCCGAGGGCUGCAUGUCGGAGGUACUGAGGGAGGCUCUGGGGCGGGGUAUUCCGCAUUCUAGGUGUCAAUCAGUGGUGGCGCUUCUUGUGCCGGCCACUCGCGGCAGACCCGGAUGCUGGGAUGGAUACCGGUGUUGCAGAAGACCAUCCCGCUCAGCAUGCUCAUUGCUUCGCGGUAUGAGAUGGAAGGCCGAGUCUUGUGCGUCGGAAUGGAGACUGCGGUUAUUUUUGCUUUGUUCUGGUGCAUAUCACAAAAUACCACAUGGAUUCGGCCUAGAGUAACUACUACCGUACAAAUAUCAUCUAUGCAAGAUGGACCCAUUGAAAACGCAAUGUGCAAAUAUUUCGAGAACUAUUCUUGGCGGCGUCGCGCAAUAGAGAGCAAUACUUCUUUAGCAUAACAGUGUUAAGAGGUAUCCAAAGGACAUAUUCGAGUCUUGAGAUGUCUGGUUUACACCCACCCAUCCUUGCCCACACCAAUCGCGUCAAAGUUUUUGCCACUCCUGGUCCUCCGCUCCGGCAAUACCUGAGCCUUGUCGAGGUUGAUAAGCUUAUCGGAUGGCGGGGGCGAGCCCUCAACCCAGCCCUUCCAGCCCUUGCGCACGGCGGAGCGUUUGCGGCGGGGCUGGUGGGGCUGAGGGGACAUGGUGGUGGAACUGGCGAUGUCGGGGUGCUGGAGGUCGCGCGACUCGGACGGCGUGCGCGGCCGCUUGGACGAGUUGCGCGAGGAGGGCACGUAUCUAUCGGGCGUGGAUCGCGGCGACGGCGGGGGCGUGACCGAGGACGGGCGCUGCCCGGCGGAGGGGAUGUGGAUGGCGGGGCGCGCGCGCCAGAAGGACGAGGUGGCGGUGGUGGGCACGGGGAGGGGCGGCUGCGCCCUGGGCGCGGGUGUGGCCGACGCGUGCGACGGGCCCGCCUGCUGCGGCGCGUCCCUCUGCUUCGCCCUCUCCUUCUCCACGGCCUUGACGCGCCUGCGCUCGCGCUCGCGUUCGCGCUUCUCCUUGCGCCUGUCGCGGCGCGCGAGCUCCUCCUUCUCGACGGCCUUGUUGGGCGGGACGCCGUUGAGGAGGCUGGUGAGGACGUCGCGCGGGGGCUGGGGGUCGAAGUCGCCGGCGAGGACGGUGGUCGCUGUGCGUCGACGCUUGUAGGGGUACAUGGUGGCGGCAGCGAGGGGCAUUCCGGGAUGGCGGACGCGUGCGGGGGCCUUUUAUGGGCG